AUGGUUAAAAACGUUCUACUACUCGGUUCAGGUUUUGUUGCGCAACCAGUGGUUGAUGUCUUAGCUGGCACUGAAGGUAUCAAUGUCACUGUCGGCUGCAGAACCCUCGCAAAGGCGCAAGAGCUUGCCGCCUCAUCCAAGUCGGCUGCUAUUUCAGUUGAUGUCACCAAGGAUGAUGAUUUAGAUGCUGCUUUGGCCAAGCAUGACUUAGUCAUUUCGUUGAUUCCAUAUAUAUACCACGCUGCUGUGGUGAAGAGUGCUAUAAGGCUUAAGAAGGAUGUCGUGACAACUUCUUACGUGUCGCCAGCUCUAAGGGAAUUGGAACCCCAAAUCAAAGAGGCUGGUAUCACCGUCAUGAACGAAAUUGGUUUGGAUCCAGGUCUUGACCACUUAUAUGCAGUGAAGACCAUUGACGAGGUGCACAGAGCAGGAGGUAAGAUAAAGUCAUUCUUAUCGUAUUGUGGUGGAUUGCCAGCCCCUGAAGAUUCCGAUAAUCCUUUGGGUUACAAGUUCUCAUGGUCGUCUAGAGGCGUGCUAUUGGCUCUGAGAAACUCCGCAAAAUACUGGAAAGACGGAAAAAUUGAAGAGGUGUCUUCUGAGGAUCUGAUGGCGUCGGCGAAGCCAUACUUUAUUUUCCCCGGCUAUGCUUUGGUAUGCUAUCCCAACAGAGACUCUACUCCUUUCAAAGAAUUCUACAAAAUGCCCGAAGCUGACACUGUUAUUAGAGGAACUUUGAGAUUUCAAGGUUUCCCUGAAUUCGUCAAAGUUUUGGUUGACGUGGGCAUGCUGAAAGAUGAUGAGAACGAGAUUUUCCAGAAGCCUAUUUCCUGGAAGGAAGCUCUCCAUCAAUACUGGGGCAGCAAGUCCUCAUCCAAAGAUGACCUUAUUGCCGCUAUUGACUCUAAAACCCAGUGGGUUACAGAUGAAGACAGGGAGAGAAUCCUCAAUGGAUUUUCUUGGCUAGGACUUUUCUCAGACAACAAGAUCAACCCAAAGGGCAAUGCGCUUGACACCUUGUGUGCUACUCUAGAAGAGCUGAUGCAGUUCGAAGAGGGAGAGCGUGAUAUGAUCAUCCUACAGCACAAAUUUGGUAUCGAAUGGGCCGACGGUACUCCAGAGACCAGAACUUCGACUCUAGUCGCGUACGGUCAACCAGGCGGCUACAGUGCCAUGGCGGCAACCGUUGGACUACCUUGUGCUAUUGCUACCAAACUAGUAUUGGAUGGCAAGAUCAAGGGCCCCGGGCUGGUCGUUCCUUACUCUCCAGAAAUCAACGACCCUAUCAUGAAGGAAUUGAAGGAGAAGUACAACAUCUUCCUCAAGGAAAAAACAAUUAGCUAA